GUUGGUUCUGUGUGCUGAAUGAAACGUGAGGGGAUGCUGUGGUAGGUUAAGAUUGUGUUUACGGAAUAUAUUCAAGCUGUCAAAAUGAGGGAUACUCCGCUGUCAAACUGUGAGAAGCAUUUUCUCCUUAAAGCAAUACAAGAGAAAAAGCGUCUAGAUGGCAGACAAACAUAUGACUACCGGAGUAUUAAAAUCACGUUUGGAACCGACUAUGGUUGCUGUAUUGUGGAGCUUGGAAAAACAAGGGUGUUGAGUCAGGUGUCUUGUGAAUUGGUCCCUCCAAAAGAUUCACGUCCAACAGAAGGCAUUAUGUUUUUUAAUGUGGAGUUGUCUCCUAUGGCAUCGCCUGCCUUCGAGCCAAACAGGCAGUCAGAGCUGUUGGUGACGUUAAACAGACAGCUUGAGCGGUGUCUUAGGAAUUCUAAAUGUAUAGACACUGAAUCUCUCUGUGUUAUAUCAGGAGAAAAGGUUUGGCAGAUACGGGUUGACGUGCAUGUGUUAAAUCAUGAUGGAAGCCUGUUGGAUGCAGCAAGCAUUGCUGCCAUAUCUGCACUCUCACAUUUUAGAAGACCAGAUGUCUCUGCUCAAGGCCAAGACGUCACUGUGUACAGUCCAGAAGAGAGGGAUCCUAUUCCACUGAGCAUUUAUCACAUGCCCAUCUGUGUCAGCUUUGCUUUCUUCCUGCAGGGGUCUUAUUUGCUCGUGGACCCUUGUGAACGAGAGGAGCGGGUGAUGGAUGGAUUAUUGGUCAUUGCUAUGAACAAACACAGAGAGAUCUGCUCCAUUCAGUCCAGCGGAGGGAUCAUGCUUCUGAAAGACCAGGUUUUAAGAUGCAGCAAAAUAGCAAGUGUCAAGGUGUCUGAAAUUACAGAGCUUAUCACUAAAGCCUUAGGGAAUGACAAAAAAGUCAGAAAAGAGGGUGGAAAGUUUGGCUUCGCUGAAUCUAUGCCCAAAGUGCGAAUCACAACCCUUAAAAGAGAUGAAGCUCCAGUCGAGAUGACAGACGUCAAUGAAACAGCCAAUGAGAUUCUAAAUGGAACAGAAACCUCCACAGAACCAGUGUCAUCUCCUGUUCUUUGUGCCAAGGGAACUGCACAGGUAGGUGAAGGCCUUGUAAACUCAUGGGGACACGAGGAGGAAGAAGAAGAUGAGCCUCAGAUGACAGAGGACAGAAAAACAGAUGAUGUGAUGGUAAUCUCAGACAGUGAAGAGGAAGAAGUUGUCAUUCUUAAUUAGAAAUCCCUGACAGAAGAGUGUGCAACAAAUAUGAACGUCAGCACUGAAGAGGAAAGACAGAAUAUAUCCGUGAAAUGGUGUUUAUCAAUGACACAUUCAUUGUUUGUCUUUUGGUAUAAUAAAAUAAAUGUGAAAAAAAAA